AUGGAGCAGAUGGUGGUGCAGAUACUGAUUCUAUUUGCUCUUGGGGCGAGCGCCCCACUUUGUGCAGGCUUCCCCGUGUACGACUACGAGCCGUCCUCCCUGAGGGAAGCCCUCGCGGCCUCUGUGGCAAAAGUGAAUUCCCAGUCGCUGAGUCCGUACCUGUUCCGGGCGUUCCGAGGCUCCGUCAGAAGAGUCAGUGUCUUGGAUGAUGACAGCUUGAGCAUGGACAUAGAGUUCAGCAUUCGAGAGACAACAUGCAGGAGAGAUUCCGGAGGAGAUCCAGCCACCUGUGACUUCCAAAGGCGCUACUACGUGCCAGCAGCCCGGUGCAGGAGCUCCGUGCACAUGUCUGCCGAGCGGGUGCAGGGCGUCUGGGUUCGCUGCAGCUGGGCCUCCAGUUCCGAGUCAAGCAGCAGCGAAGAGGGGAUUUUCGGGCGCUUAUUGGGAUCCUCUAAAUGGAGAAACAAUUAUCAGUUUGAUCUUGAGCUGACGGAGCGCCUGUACAUUCUCUUUCUAUCUUUAGAGAUCACAAGAAGGAUCUCUGCCCCUGGAAAUAGAAGUUUCCGGAACCAGUGGCCCCGACUGGAACAGUAUGGCCAGGGGCCACACGAGUGCACCCAGACCACGGCAGUGUGA